CAAAAUAUAAAUUUGUUGUUUUUGCCUUUUUUCUUUUCUCUCACGUUUAUUUUCCCACACCAUGCACACACCAUAACACCAAGAUUCGCAAAGACUCGAAAAGAUGAUCAUAAGUCACAACUUGAAAUUCAAUUUCAUUUGUGGCGUGGAACGGAAAGCAUCGUCAAAUCGUAUCGCUCUCGAAAAAAUAAAAAAAUUCCGUGCAUUCAUUUUCCGUAAAAAGAAAGAAGUGUCGUAAUAUAGAAGUCAAGUCGCUGAUUGUGUAUAUUUUUCUCAUUUCGAGACGUAAACAAUCGACGGAAGGUAGUGAAGUUACUGGCAAGUGGUAUUGUUGCCGACAAAAAGGUGAAAAAUAAACAUUUGUUAAAAAAAAGGAAAGAAAAGAGAUCAAAAUCAGCACAAAAGACAAAUAGAUUUUGCACAUACUGAUCAGUGUGGUUCCCCAUUGUGACAAUACUAUUCGCAGUCUGUGAUUAUUCACAUCUGAUAAGAAAGAAAUUUGAAUUUAACAACAAAGCGCAUCAUGAAGCGACUAAUCUUUACGGUUCUUAUAAUUUUAUUGGUUGAUGGAAUAUCAGCAGUAGCUAAGCAGGAGAAAAUCAUAAAGAAACCAUUAAAUUUGAAGCCAACGAAGACACCACAAAAGACAGUUUUAGAGGAAUUUCGUGAGCAUUUAACUUCAGAAGAUGCUGAGUUUAUUAAGCAAAUUGACACUCAAUUCAAGAAGCAUGGCGAUAAAUUAUCAAUUAAGCUUGAACGAGAAAAUGGAACGAAGCCUUUUAAUAAGAAUGCAAAACGUACCAUUGAUGACUCUUUGGGAUACUCAUAUCAACAGAACAUGCAUGAUAAUGGCUAUUAUUUUUCACGGCCAAUUUAUAUGCAUAAAUUCACUUCAAAUGAUGUAGCAGGCGAAAAAGGUUACCAUGAAAAAGCAACAGAUAUUGAGAUCCAACAGUCCCACAGCUAUGAAAUUAAGAGUGAAAAUUAUCAAUAUCAGCCUGCUGAAAAUCAGCAUAAUUACAAUCAGCAACAACAACAACAACAAGUAUAUGAAGAUCCAGUCCCUGUAAUUGUCUUACGUGUCCCAGGGCCAGCAAAAUAUGCUUUACAUUUACAAGCACUUUUACAGCAAUAUUUAGAAUUGAGAGCUGCACAAUUUCUCAAGGUUUUAGAAGAACAAGAGCGUCAUGGACAACUGUCUCGUCCACAGCAAUACUCAUCUCAAGAUCAAGUUGCAUAUAUUCCAAUGGUUGCAAUCACUCCAAUGUAUCAAAAUAAUGCUUAUCGUUAUCAACAGCAACAGCAAGCUCAACAACAGCACUCACAUCAUCAUCAUAACCAAAAUUCACAGCACUCGCAGCAUGGAUAUCGUCAACAAUAUUAUCAACAGCCAAUGCGUCAUGAAAAUACUUAUCGAGUAGCAGUUCCAGCAGGAGAACAAAGCUAUUACAGACAACAACAAGUUCAGCAUCAUCAGCCACAACAUUAUCAAAAUUAUCAAUCAAAUGUUUAUCAUAAUGUUCAGCCACAGAUUUCACAACAUUCUCAGCCACAAAUUUCUCAGCAUUCUCAGUCACAAAUUUCUCAACAUUCUCAAUCUCAACAUUCUCAACCACAAAAUCAUCAUGCUACAAGCUUUAUUACUUAUGUCACACCAGCUUAUGUAACUCCAGCACCACAAGUACAUCAUGAGGAAGAACAUCCACAAGUCCAACAUCAUAGCCAACAUUUGGAAACUUCUGAGAAUUAUCCUAGUGAUAAGCAUACACAUGUAAUUUUCAAGAAGAAGAAGAAUCGUGUCCAAAAUCAUCCACAACCAAGUAUCACAUAUCAUACUCCAGCACCAAUUGUUGUUCCUGAAAUUCCAGCACAUUAUAAUCAUCAGCAAGAAAAUCAACAAGAAGUGGAAGUCGAAUAUCAUCAUCAUCACGAGCACCAAGAACAUUCAGUUACACACGAACCAAUUUAUGAACAUGAUGAUGAUCAUUCAGCACAACCACAUGUCAUUACAAUAACUGAGAGAACUAAGGCACCAUUUAAUUAUCAUGUUGCCGGUCCAACAUUAGCACCAACACAUGGAGAACUUCGUGAACGUCACAUUCCAAAAAGAAUGGCACCAUUCACAAAAGAGCAAUUCGAAAAGGCCAAAAGAAUUAUGGAUAAGUCAAAGAGAAGUCGUGGAUCAACAAAAUUGGAGAGGGUUUUAGAACAUCCAGAGAUAAAAGCAUCAUCAUAAGUUCAUACGAAAAAUUAUUCAUUAUUACGCCAUAUUUAUGUGAGAUUGUUUUUGUUUAUUAUUUUAGUGUUGUUGAUGAAAAUCUUAUGCUUCUUAGUUCUUUAUGUGCAAUAAAAUAGUUUAAAUGUCACCCUCAUCUCCUAAAUUCCUUCACACUACUGCUAUUAUCCUACAGAAUGAGAUUAGAUCCAACUAAGAACCUUACACGAUAAAUAGUUUUUUUUUGUAAAUUAGAAUUUUAAAUUAUGUUUUCAACGAAUUUACGAAUUAAAUUUUCUUAGACUUAUGAUGUGACGAAAAAAUGUGUAAUUAUCUAAUUUAAUGGCUCGAAUAAAAAUUUUAUUAUCAAAUAUUGAAUAUUGAAAUUUUCUUUGUCUUUCAGUGCACUUCAUCUGAUAAAGUAAAUUUUUAAUUACCUUAAUUUUAUAAUGUAAUAAUUUGAAUUUGAAAAAAACACGACUUACGUAGAAAGUCAAUAGCUUUCGCACUCGACUUAAUUUAAAUUACACUUAUAGUAAAGAUAACAAAAGGAAAAAUUAGACAUAUGUUUCAAGAUUAAGAGAUUUGUGGGUUAGUUGAGUCAUUC